AUGGCUCAGAAGUGGUUUCCCCAAACCAGGUACCGCCCUGGCUCGUUGUACAGCUUUCAAGCGCCAACCCAAAGUCACUGGCAAAUUGAAGAGAGGCUCUCGCAGCAUGACGAACAGCUAGACGAAGCCGAUUACCAAGGCCCCAUCCCAGAACCAUCAUCAGCCACAGCGACAUUCCGUGUCCGAGACCUUGAUCACCACGGUAGAAUGGCUUACAUGGGAGUGUUCAUUCAAAUUCCACAUCUCGGCACUGAUUUCGAGUCCGUCACCGUUCGGCGCCAACAAGCUGGCCAAUGUGACUUUGGUGAAGUUGAAGCCUACAAGAUAUUCCACGCGAACAACGCCCAAAUGACACCCACCCUCCUCGCGAUCAAGGAACAAGUUCAAGGUGACGACGGUUUUGUUCCUGGGGGCUUUCUGGUCUUCAUGGUGUACGAGAGGGUACCCGGAAUCCGCCUUGCGGAGGAUACCACAAUUUAUCCUGGAUUCCCGCUACACACGUUCUUCACGAAGUUUGACCGCGCAGAACGGGACAAAAUACGCAAGAAAUUCGACAAAGUGUACCCUGCCUUCGCGGAAAUGGAUUGUUUUCCGGGUCACUGCUGGGCUGACCAUCUUGUGUGGCAUUCUUCCUCCGAAAGAUUGUAUUUCAUCGACUUCAAAGGGGCACACCCAACCUAUCGAGCAGUUUGGGCAAAUCCCGUUUACCGAGACGGGAAGCUGAUCACAGACGCAGCUCAGGAGCCAAGGUCCGAACACUGGCGGGAUUGGGGUCUUGCCAUCCCCCCCUGA